AUGAAGCUGCUGGGGGCUGUGUUGCUGGCUGCUGGCCUGCUUGGCACUGCUGCCCCAGGGGAGCAGCCCCCCUGGGCGGAUGAGCCUUCGCGGACCUGCAUCUUCCAGAGGCUCAGCAGGGCGGACAGCGAGUUCUGCAGAGGGGAUUUAGAAAUUAUCUACCCGGAGCUGGGUGACGUGGGCUGCACGUACAUCCCCAAGUGCCACCAGUACCGCUGGCGGAUCAGCAGGGAGUGGGGCAGCCCCCGGGUUCGGUACCCCCAGGCUGGGAAGAUAUGGGUAACGGGCCUGGUGGGGGCCAGGUUUCACCCUGCCUGCGCCAAGGGGCUCUGCUCGCAGCCCGGCUGCUCCCUGGUGAAGGGUGCAGAUCUGAGGGCUGGGGACGUCAAAGGGCACGUGCUGACGGAUCUGAGGGCUGGGGACGUCAAAGGGCACGUGCUGACGGAUUACGUCCGGCCCACGCCCCCGCCCCGCAGCGGGUACCACCGCUACCAGCUCCGCCUGUACGAGCAGCCGGCUCACUUGGCCAUCGCCCUGAGCCCCGAGGAGCGGGUCUCGUUGGGUGCCUGGGCCAUGGAGAGCUUCGUGGAGGAGUUUCAGCUGGGUUCCCCGGUGGCCUCGACCCAGUUCCUCACCAAAUACUACGAGGAUUAG